AUGGGUAUCACACGCGAAGGACGCCACAAACGCCGCGAAACGGGAGGACGCCGUGCCAAGUUUUGCAAAAAGCGCAAAUUCUUGAUGGGACGACCUGCCGCCAUGACCAAGAUCGGCGAGCAGCGCAUCCAUUCGGUCCGAGGACGUGGAGGAAACUUGAAAUUCCGUGCCCUGCGCUUGGAGGCCGGAAACUUUUCCUGGGGCACGGAAGUCUGCACCCGCAAGGUCCGUGUGUUGGACGUGGUCUACAACUCCUCCAACAAUGAAUUGGUCCGUACCAAGACGUUGGUCAAGGGAGCGAUCAUCAUCAUCGAUGCCCACCCUUUCAAGUCCUGGUAUGAAGGACAUUACGGAAUGAAGAUUGGAGUCAAGAAGUCCGGAGGUGUCACCACCCAAGAAUCCAUUGAUCUUUCCUCGGUUUCCGACAAGGUGGCGGCCAAGCUAAAGAAGAGACAAUCCAAGAGAACUUUGGAACCUGCCUUGGAUCAUCAAUUCGCUUCUGGACGUAUCCUUGCCAAGAUCACCUCUCGACCUGGACAAUCUGGACGUUGCGAUGGAGUCAUCCUAGAAGGACCGGAACUUGCCUUUUACCAAAAGCAAAUGCACAAGAAGUAA